AUGACUAUACCUAUGUAUUCGUGUACAAAGGCACCCGCGUGCGGGGGACUUAAGAAGGCGACCGUCCACUGCGCUCGCCAGUAUUCCUCCACCUCCAAAUCACCGCCGCCGCCGCCCGUCAAUGGCAAGCACGGCGCCCGAGCAGACGACCCUCAGACUCAGCGCGACCUCUUCGUCAACGUCCUGAACGCCAACGCCACCCGCAGAGAUGCGAAGCAGUACCUCUCACGGUUCAAACAGCCGGAGAAGAGUAAUGCGGAACCCAAACCCGACCUGUAUGCUCUGCUGGAGGAGCGCAAUGCUCGCCACCGCAAAGAUCAGGAUCGAUUGGAUCGUCUUGGCGUCAACUUAGGUGGUCUGUAUGCACCAGCUCGAGCCAUCGCGAACAGCCCACGCUUCACCCAACAGGAUGAGGUCCGGAAACAGUCGAUUUCCGCGCCUGUCCAACAGCAAGAAAUACAUGUCGCUCUGGCUUGUCUCCGAGCGCCUGAAGAUAUUGACGAUGCCACCAUCGACGGCCUAGCUCGAACUCUUGCCCAGCUUGUCCGGCUGGAUAUGCGGAUCGUGCUGGUUCUUGACACCAACGGCCACGGCCCUAUCAAUCCGGGUGAUGUGAGAGCUCUUCGAAAGCUUCUGGCACAGCAGGCCGAUCGCCUCUGCGAUGCCAUCGAUCGCCACAACGCCGAAGGAGGUCGGUCCGUGCCAAAUGCUCUUGAGGUCACUGACAACGACGGUGACAUUCAUGUGACCUUACCAGAUCUGUUGAUGGAUCCCUUGAGACGAGGCAUGAUCCCAAUUGUGCCGACAAUGGCCUAUACAGGCGCGGGACAAGUUGUGCCGGUAUCUGUUCUGGACAUCAUGACAGGGUUGACUAGACACAUCAUCGGAACCGAUAAGCACUCUCAGACGUCCAAGGCCAGCGAGGACGAACACGUUCAGCUGGACCGUAUCAUCCUAUUAGAUUCCGUAGGAGGCAUACCGAGUAAGGAUCGAGGAGAUGGAGCCCACGUGUUCAUCAACUUGGAACAGGAAUUCGACGACAUAGCCGAAGAGCUGUCCGAAUAUGCCGCGGAGUCGAAGGAGAAUCCCGACUCACAAAUAGGUCCUUGGGUCUUCAGGCAACAUCAGAAGAAUAUGUUCGCCGUCCGCAAGUGCCUGGAGCUGCUACCGCCUUCUUCCUCUGCUCUGAUUGUAUCUCCAUCCGAGGCUGCGAGCGCUUCGCGAUCUGCAGCAUCACUUCAAGCGACGCCCAUUUCUACAGGAACGCGACGACAGAGAAAUCCACUCAUCCACAACUUACUUACCAACAAACCUCUGAUUUCAUCUUCGCUGCCAACCGCGAGACUUACUACCAGUCCGGAUGAUCAGUCGGCACAUCUCAAUGUCGCGACUGUCCUCCGCCGUGGGAUGCCUCUCAAGGUCAUUCCUGCCGCUCGUCGAGGCCAGGGCUGGCAGCGACCCAAGAAUGGAUUUACCACUCUGAGUUUGGAGGACGACCCUCGUGUUGACCUUCGACGCCUCGUUCACCUCAUCGAAGACAGCUUUCGACGGAAGCUUAACGUCAAGCAUUACCUCAAUCGUGUUCAGAAUCGAAUAGCCGGUGUCAUCGUGGCCGGCGACUAUGAAGGUGGUGCAAUCCUGACAUGGGAAAUGCCUCCCGGAGUCAACGAUCCCAACCGACUCGUCCCUUAUCUGGACAAAUUCGCCGUCCUGCAGACAUCACAGGGCUCCAGCGGCGUAGCCGACAUCGUCUUUCAGGCUAUGGUUAGAAGCUGUUUUCCCGAUGGGGUAUGUUGGAGAAGCAGAAAGGACAACCCUGUCAACAAAUGGUAUCUGGAGCGAGCGACUGGCACGUGGAAGAUACCCAACAGUAACUGGACGAUGUUCUGGACUGGAGACGAUGUCGUGGAAGGGGAACAGAAAUGGAGCGACUACGUUGGAGUGUGUAGUCACAUUGCUGCGAGCUGGGCAGAUGAUGGGAAGAAGCCUGACUGA